CCUCCCGUCCCAUCCGCCCCAGCCCCGGGCUCGUGUCCUCUCAGGUAUCCGCGCUCCGCCCGCACCGCCAGGGCCGGGCCCAGGUGUGCGGGAUGAGGGGCAGCAGCCUCGUCCUUUCCACUGGGUGGAAAAGUGGAUUUUCUCCUUUCUCCAGGGAAAAGGUAAGGGGUGGGUGAGGCAUCCAAGCGUGGCUCUGACUCCUCCAUGUCCCCCACCAGCAGCGACACUGAUGAUUAAAGAUUCAUCAGAUGGGUGUCCCAGCCUCAUUCCAUGGCCAGGGAACGCUGACCGGGGGUGUGGAUGCUUUCCAACCUGCCUGGGCACUGUGAACCUCUGUGAUGUUUCUCCGCAUGGCUUUACUCUCCCAGAAACCUGGCAGUGACCAAACCCUGGCUUUUCACAGCAAGUGGGCUUGAUGAUAUCUGGCGUUUUAAAAGCUGCUCCCUCCAAGCAGAAAAACUUGUGUUCCAGAGCUCCUUGUGGCUGAUUUUCUGCUAAAACUCUGCUCCAUGGUCCCCCAUUGCUGAUUUCCUCUCAAGCCUGUUCUCUGCAGCCCCUCAUGGCUGAUUUUCUGUGAAAGCUCUUUUCCACAGCCCCUCACUGCUGAUUUUCUGUCAAACCUGUGCUCCACAGGUUUGCUCAUUUCUGUUUCACAGGCCCCAUCCGCAUUCUGCCCCUGAUGCCGCUUGGUGAAGGCCCAAGCACAGGAAAUGUUACCCGAGGACCUUGCCACCCUGCUCUGUGGGGAAGGGGAUGAGCGCCUCUCCCAGCAGGAAUUUCCAGCAGCCACCGCUUUUUACCUGGCUGCCUUCAGCUGCUGUGGCCCCACAGCAGUGCAGAGAGUGAGCUCCAUGGCCCGUGGGCUGUGGGAGCAAGUGGUGGCCACCCUGGAGGCCUGGUGCAAAGGCAAGUGUCAGAUCCCCAAGAUCCAGAGCAGGAACCUGGCUGUGGUGUCCCUCAGCGUGGGAAUAGCUGCAAUUUUCCUCUCCACCCUGAUCCCAAACAAUGUGGUGGCCUUGGUGUACAAGCUGGAGGCCCUGCUCCAGCGAGGGUGCUCAGAGGAGGUGGUGAGCAAAUGCAAUCUCCUGCUGGAAGCUAAUCCAAGGGAUUCCAUGGAGCUGCUGCUGCUGAGGGCGCUGGCACAGGUGCUCUCAGGGACACAGGUUGGGAAGGGAAUCAUGGAUUAUGUCCAAGCCUUUGUGCUGCAUCAAACUGAGGCAGUGGCCUACGUGUAUGACAGGCAAAGGGAGCACCUGCCCCAGGUCAUCCAGGCUUUCUCUGAUCACCUCUCCACAUACCAGGAGGAAAGCCCAGGCUGCAGGUCCUCAGAGCAGUGGCUGGGUGACUGCUACAGCUUCCUGGCUGCGGUAGCACCAGGGCACACCUGGGUGUGCAGGGCACAAGCAGCUCACCUCCUAAAAACAGGUGAAUUUCAAGAGUGUGUGGCUGUUUGCACCAAGGCCCUUGAGGGCUUCUCAGCUGAGAAUCUCAGAGGUGAGGAUGUUCUGGUUCUGCGCCUGGAACGAGCUGCCGGCUAUUUCUUCCUGGGUGGAUGGAUGCAGGAAAUGAUGCAGGAUUUAGCAGCAGCCUUUGCAGCAGACCCUGCCCUGGCAAUGAAAUGCUUUGAAGAGCUUUUCUCACCCUGUGAGGUUGAGAAGAUCAAGAAGCAGGCCAGAGCUGCCCUGGAGGGGAAGUUUGCCACAUACAGGAAGGCUGUGCGUGCUCGGGCUGAGCUCAGGGGCAGUCAUGGCACUGAGCUGCUCCCUCCUGUCAUCCAGACAAUCCAGCUGCUCCUGCACAUCUGCCCAGGGUCCAGUCGGGAGCUCAGUGUCCGGCUAGCAGACUGUCACCUCCUGCAGGGAUAUCCCAGAGCUGCCCUGGACAUGUGUGAGCAGCUGCUGGCAGCAGAACAGAACACUUACCACAACACCCUGCUGGCACUGCGAGGCUUCUGCUCCCUCCAUGCCCAGGACCACCACAGAGCCCUGCAGGACUUCCAGAGGGUCAUUGAGCAUGAUUCCCCACAUCCCAACAGCUGCAUCAAAGCCCUGUGUGGGCGUGGACUGAUCCGCAUUUCUGGUGGCAGUAAUUACUUGACAGCCCUGGAUUAUAUCACAGCUUGCCAGUUAAAGCUGGAAGAAACCAUCUUCACCAUCAAGUCCUAUGUGCCAUGGAACCAGAGGGGAUUACUGCUGAAGGUCCUCCAGGAGGAAGGACAGAUGAUGCUCCAGAAGAAGAGAGAUGCCCCUGGGGUUUUCCAGCUGGCUUCUCUCUUGGUGGAGCUGGACAGCUCUGAUGAGGCAUCCCGGAUCCUGUGUGCUGACGCCUUGUACCAGAUGGGCCGUGGGGAAGAAGCCCACAAGAUGCUCUCACUGUCCCUCUCCAGGAACCCCCAGAGAGCUCCUGUGCUGGCCAGGCUGGCCCUGCUGCAGCUCAAGAAGGGCUUUGUGUACAAUGGCAACCAGCUGCUGAAGAGACUGAUCAGAAUUGGAGACUCCUCCUGCCUCCUGCCAAUCCUGGACAUUUUCCAGGAUGAGGACAGAAAACUGCUACAAAGCCACUGCCACUGGCAAGCCCAGGCCAUCCUGAAGGGCAAACAGGGGGGUGCUGCCAUCAAAGAGGCCAUUGCCCACCUGUCCUUUGCCAUCCUUGCUGCAGGUGGUUAUGCUGAGGAUUGCCUCCUCACCAGGGCCCGAUGCUAUGAGUGCCUGGGGCAGAUGAAAACUGCAAUUUUUGAUUUUAAUGCAGUCCUGAAGAAGGAGCCCAGGAAUGUGCAAGCUCUGAGUGGCCGAGGGUUCAUUCACCUUGCUCUGAGGCAGCAGAAGGAGGCAGUGCAAGAUCUGAUCUCAGCACUGAAGGUGGAGGCAGGAGCAGUGAUCCCAGCAAUCCUAUCCUUGAAGCCUGAAGCCCAAGUGUUGGUCACUGAGUGGCUCCUCCAGCAUGGCAGGGCCACUCUCACCAAGCAUGUGGCCACCAAAGACCUUUCGAGAGAAGAAACUCUCAGGGACCUUCUCACGAUGGCAAAAGCACUGACCAAAAUCUGCAGGACUGCACAUCACAUCUUCUACACUGAUGUUUUGAUGGCAAAUGGAAAGCACCAAGAGGCCCUCAAGCAUCUGCAGGAAGCCUUUGGUCACUGUCCUGCUGAGGACUUUGCCAGGGCUCGCUUGGCUGUGCUGCAGCUGCAGAACAGGAAUGUGGCAGGGGCAGCUGCCCCACUCAGUGUCCUGGCAAGGAGAGAUGAAAAUGACUUGGCCUUUCUCCUGAACUUUGUAGACACCAAGCAACAGCAGCAUCUCGCUCAGGCAGCAGCCCAGGAAGGGAAGGUGCUGAUGAAAGGCCAUCACCAUGAGCAGGCUCUGGGCUACCACAGCCUGGCUGUACUGGCCAGCCAGUACAGCCCCAGGUACCUGCGGCGCAGAGCUGCCUGCCUCAUGCACCUGAAAAAAUAUGAAAAAGCUCUGAAAGACAUGGAAAAAGUGACCCAGGUACACGGCUGUAACAGCCCAAAAACACGGGCUGGGGACCACUGCUGCCAGGGCUUCCUGCUGCUGGCCCUGGCUCAGGAGGAGGCAGCAGUGCAGCACUACAUAGAGGCUCUGCAGCUGGACGAGCCCCUGGCCCUGGACACCAUCACUGACUGCCCUGGCAGGGAAUCUUUAACCAAAACAUUUCACAAAAUUGCACAAUUUAACUUUGAAAAGCAGUGUUACGAAGAGGCCUGGAAAAUCAUAGACUAUGGGCUUAAAAUUGAUAAAAGUGCUGAGCUCCGGAAGCUGAAAGCAAGAGUCAAAAUAGAGGCAUCAAGCUGUAGCAUACAUUGAUUUCUCUGUUUGGGGAUUUUUCACUCUGAUUGCUUUCUGGGAGGCUGCAAGAAUGAAGAAAAGAUGAGAAAGAUGAGAAUGAUGAGAAGCUCAUGAUAAAUAUGCAACAGACAUGACACUGAACAUGGGACAGCAGAAUUAGGAGUAGAAAGUUUGAGGCAGCAAAACAAAACUGACCAAGAAAGCAACAAGGAAAAUAAGCAAAUUGCAGCAUUCCUUAAAAUUACUGUGGAUUAUGUAAACUCCCCAUUGUGAGAAAAGUAUUUUUUUUCUGGCUAAACAAUGAAUUCUAGCACAGGGGUUCCAGUCCUACUGAAGGAAAACAGUCAAAUCCCUUGCAGCUCAUGAAUAAUAAUCACACAUUUCCUAGCUGGUAUUUGAUAAGCUCUAACACGUACUGUUCAAUCAAUUUGCCUUAUUUUUAUGGGCCAGUCAAAAGUAUCAGUCAAAACUAACUCUUGUUACAUUUUUGUGAAGGCCCAUUUGUGUUACACUCCUCUCCUGCCCCACUUCUGGAUAAAGGAUCUGCCCUGGUGGGAAUGCAGUGCAUUUGCCAGGAUCAGCACCAAUAUCAGGGAUGGGGCAGCACAAAUGCCAAACAAACUGUUCUACUGCCCCAGGGAACAGUGAAAUAACAGAUCAGGUGAAGGGUGAGACUCAACAGAGAUCAAACAUCCACUCCAGGGACUCCUGCCCUGAUAUCCAGGGCACAUGAGCAGCUUCAUUCCAGGCUUCACCUUGGAUUCCCAGAUCCAGUGUCUCCCUUUGUCACGGCAGAUAUCAGGGAUCAUCUCUCCAUUGGGGUGUCUGCCAGAGCUGCUGGUUCUCAUCCCUCAUACUCCUGGGUGUUCAAGCCCCAUAGCCAGCCCUGUAGCUCAUCCAGAAAUGGUGAUGCACAAGCAGGAGGCCAGAGGCAGCAUCCAAGAUGGAAUUUCUCCCACUGCUGCAGCAUUCCUUCCUCCUCCUCCCUGCUGGACAGCAUGGAGUCAGCCCAGGAGGACUUGUCCUGCUGUCAUGUGCCUGUUUUCCAGCUUUCAGGUGGACUUGGGGUACCCCAGAGGCAGUGCUGGGACAUCCCUAGGGAUUCACCUGAGUGAUGGGAGCCCUCAGCUCAGUCCAGAAGCAGAAAGAACCCUAGAUGGGGCCCAGGGCAGCAGCUCCUUUCUUUGUUUUGGCUGUUCCAAAGGAGUAGUACCAAUGUUUUUGGAGUGUGAUAAUAUAAUGGUGGAGAAAAACAGAAACUACUGCUGAAAACAAAGAUUAAAGCAAAGCUGAGAACUGCUCUGCUUCUUUGAUUAGGAUAAAAGAGAAGAAGGAGCAUUUUCUUUUUUGUUCUGCUGCUGUUGUCUCAAAGUCAACAUUCCAGGGUAGAACUUCAUUCAGCAGCCAUGGGAUCAACCCAUAGCAAUGAUACCACCUGGAACUUUCCAUCUUUUUCUUUUCUCUGCAUGCUACUUUUUUCUGCCCUAAGAGCGCAGGUAAGACUGGGCUUCUUGCCCUUCAAAUUUGAUUUUAAUCUUAG